AUGUGUUUAGAGGCCUCUCAACAAACUGUGAAGAGCACAAGGUCAAAGGUCACCCCAGAGAGAGUAGCCCUGCUGGUUCUCAGUGCUCUUCUGGCUGCUGCUGUUGUUGCCCUCUGUGUUACCAGUGAUCCAUGUUCUAAAUGUGAAGAAGGCUGGGAGCAUCAUGGAGGAAAGUGUUAUUACUUCUCUACCAAUAAAUCAUCCUGGACGAAGAGCAGAGAUGAGUGUAGAGCUAAAGGAGGAGACCUGGUUAAGAUAGACAGCAGAGAGGAGCAGGAAUUCCUGUGGAAAAAAAUGAGAGGCGUAAUGAAGGAUCAUGAAGACAAGUUCUGGAUUGGACUGACAGACUCAGCAGAGCAGGGCAGAUGGUUGUGGGUGGACGGAUCACCACUGAACAACAGUUUAUCUUAUUGGAACUACAAUGAGCCGGACAACUGGAGAGAGGAUGACUGUGUAAUGAUGGGAGAAAAAAGUCAUGGUUACCAGAAGAGUUGGUCUGAUACAUCCUGCAAAGUGUCUCGCAGAAGUAUUUGUGAGAAACCAGCAGCGAAAUGA